ACUAAAUAUAUUAAAUAUAUAAAACAAUUUUUGUCAAUCAUAUGUCUAAGCAAAUGUAUAACAUACAAAAUGCCGGCGCCGGCGAUCGGUUGGACGAGAAUCAAAACGUGGAGACCAUUGCCUAUAGGGAUAAGACUAAUGAAAAGAAUCGCAGAAACAAUGAAAAGUCUGCCGAAGGGAUGGACAGGAAGUCGAAGAAGAAAAACAAGAAGUUAGAGAUGGAGAACCUGAAGGCAGAGGUGGAAAUGGAUGACCACAGUAUACCACUCAACCAACUCUGUAAACGCUUGCAGACAAACACCGAUCUAGGUUUAACACCAGGUGUGGCCAAACAAGUGCUACAACGAGACGGUCCCAACUCAAUCACACCCCCGAAGGUGACCCCAGAAUGGGUGCGAUUCGUGCAGAAUAUGUUCGGUUGGUUUAAUGUACUUCUUUGGAUUGGAGCGGCUCUAUGUUUCAUCGCAUACACCAUACAAAUCACCACAUUGGAGCCUGAUGAAGUGCCACCCGACAAUAUCUAUUUGGGUGUGGCGUUGGCAACGGUGGUGUUUAUAUCGGGCUGUUUCUCGUACUGGCAGGAGGCCAAGAGUGCCAACAUUAUGGACUCGUUCAAAGAUCUGAUCCCCCGGUCGGCCACUGUUAUCAGGUCGGGUUCUAAGAUGAUGUGUCCGGUGGAGGAGUUGGUUGUGGGCGAUCUCGUGGAGCUCAAGGGCGGAGAUCAGGUGCCCGCAGACGUGCGUAUCAUUAAAUCGCAGGGACUCAAAGUGGACAACUCGUCGUUGACCGGCGAGUCUGAGCCCCUCUCCCGUACGCCCGACUGCACCAAUCAGAACCCCUUAGAGACCAAGAAUUUGGCCUUUUUCUCAACUAAUUGUGUUGAAGGUAGCGCCCGUGGGUUUGUCGUACGGACUGGCGAUCGGACUAUUAUGGGUCGGAUAGCGAUUCUGGCGGCGGGUUUAGAGGCCAACGACACACCACUAUCGCAAGAUGUGUCCCGGUUUAUGAGUAUCAUAACCACUGUAUCCAUUUUAGUUGCCGGUGCCUUCGCCGUUACCUCGUACCUGUUGGGCUACACGUGGUUAAACAGUGUCAUAUUCUUCAUAAGUCUGAUCGUAGCUCAGGUGCCGGAAGGCCUGUUACCCACGAUGACAGUGGUGUUGACUCUGACGGCCAAACGCAUGGCAUCCAAGAAUUGUCUGGUGAAAAACUUGCAGGCCGUCGAGACAUUGGGCUCCACGUCCACCAUCUGUACCGACAAAACCGGAACAUUGACUCAAAACAAGAUGACUGUAUCUCAUCUGUGGUGCAAUCAUACCAUUAUUGAUGCCGACAAUCUCAUCGGACACGAAGAUGGCAAUAAAGUGGACACAGACUGUCCGGCCUGGAAAGCGUUGGUCAAAGUGUGCUGUCUUUGUAGUCGAGCCGAUUUUGUGGCCGGAUCUGAACGCUUAUCACCACUUAAA